UAAAAAGGGAGGCGGAGGGGAGGCAGCCGGAGCGGCGGAGCGGGAGCUGCCUGUGCCUGCCUUCCCCUGCCCURCCCCUGCCUGCCCCGCCGGGUGCCCGGCAGCUCCSAGAGGCUGCGGGCAGAGUCCACGGUCGGCGCUGUCGGGACAGGUAAGUGUCCGCGGCCAAGUUUGGAAGCGGCCGGUGGUGCCUCUCGUCGAGCAGCCGCUGGGUUUGCUCGGCGCCGGCUCCCUCUGUCCGUGCGCUGCGGCGGUGUGAGCCAAGCCGGGCUUGUGAGCCGGGACAGGGGGUCUGCUUUCGCCGUUCCGACGUUAAGUGAAGGGGGAAAAGGGAAAAAAAAACCCAAACCCAACGAAAUCAAAACUCGUCAGAWGCAAAAUGUGCCUUUUGGCGGCUCCGUGCAAAGUCGCGGCGCACGUGUUGCGGCGGGGGCGGCCCCGGGAGCGGCUGCGGGACCGCGGGGAGCCCCGGGGAGCUGCGGCUCCUCCUGUCCUUGGGAGCCGGUCACGGUCCCGGAGCCGGCCAUAGUCCCGGAGCCGGACACGGUGCCGGUGCUGCCGCGGGACGCGUGGUGGAGCAGCGAGCGGCCGCAGCAUCAGGUCGGUACCGCGCCCCCCGCGCCCCUUCUYCCCUUCUCCCCUUCGCCCCCGCCGCUGCCGCCGCCCGUCCCUUGCAGGCGCUGCCCGGAGGCCGUCCCGCACCUCGCCCCGUGGUCACCGGGCUCCGACACCGCCGUGGGGCUGCCCUGCACCUCCAGAGCUCCGCCGCUUUCCCUCCCUGGUCGUUCGCGGCGUAGGAUCCCGGCUGCCCGGUGCUGCGGGGGUGUCCCGGCCCCGCUCCGCUCCUCUCCUCUCGCCAGCCGGUGUUCGCCUCUGCUCGCCGACCGCCCCCACGGGCCGYCCAUCGCCCUGCGGAGCCGCUCCAUCCUCAUCCCCGACGGCGGGGAGCUGCACACGGGCUGUCCCUGCGGCUCGGGGCUGCGUGUCGCUGUCCGGGCGAGGGGGCGGCCGUGGACAUCUGCGGGCACAAGUUGGUGGGCGCGGGUGGCGGCGGCCUCCCGGAGCUGCACGGCCGRCGGGGCUGCUCCCGGAUCCUCCUGGACAGGACUCUGCAUCCCGGCGGGCUCCCCACGGCCCCCGCUCCUCCGAGGAGCUCGGGGAGCCCCCGGUUCAACCUGCACGCUCUGGACCCACGGCGCGGCUGCCCCGACACCCCCUGCUCCUCYCCGGCUCGGCAGUCCCGGCAGUGGCGGCGGCCGCCGGGGGGACUCGGCCGCCCGGAGCWUCAGCCAGAGACGCCCGGAGCAUCAUCCCGCGUUCAGGGUCCGCCUGCGCUCCAGGGGUGUCUCAWAAUGGAUUUAAAGUGGAAGUGUCCAAAAGAGUAAUUCUUCAUCAGAGGUUACAAGUUGGUUACCUGUGGCAGGAUGGUCAUUGCCAGUACAGGAUAUACUGUGUAUCAGGCUGAAGAGUUGAACCUCCUCCCUUUCCCUGAAGUAAUCAACUGAAAACUGAUGGUGUGGAAUAUUUUUAACAGAAUACUCAUUUGUGGCAGCCCACUUUAUCUUCACAUUGGAGAAGGCAUAGAUGGUGUUGAUAUGAUGGCAGAGGUUCAUCUUCUGACUASAAAUAUUCAAUGAGAAAUGGAAGACUCCUGUUAUGGACAAAAUCAAUGCCAGUUUUUCUCUUUUGGAACAUUCAGAGGACAAGUUAAAAUCCUGAGGAAUUUUAGACAUGUUCACGUGUCAGGAGUGGAGUUAAAAAAACACAGGGCAACAAAUCCUGGGCAUUUUCACCUGGCUGAGGAUGUGGAUGAGAGAGGAGAAUAUGAACACUCAGUGACAACCUGGCUAUCCACUGCUGCUUCUCCAGAUGUGUUGCCAUACGUGGAGCUCUGGACAUUCCUUAUUUAUGGAUUCCAGGUUUAUGAUGGGCCUGUCAGGAUGCAGAUUCAGAAAAUUCACCCUGAAUUUUGACAGACGCUCAAGAGCCACUGGGUUCUUUGUGAAAAUCUCGCAGCAGAGCAGCCUCCAGAACAACAUGUCCUGAUGGAGACAAGUGCAGCUUUCUGACCAGGCAGAUGCCCCUGCCAGAGCAGCAAGGUUCCAGCAGCACCAGUUURUCAUCAUCCUCCAUCCAGCAGGAUUAAAUCAUCCAGGGGAUACCAGAACACCUGAGCAUGUCACCCUGCACCAUCAACUUCAACAGGAAGCCUGCUCAUUGCCAAGACACGAGAGGCCUUUUUAAACACCUUUUCUGAUGUUUUUGCUUUACCUGAAAGAGCCAGAACUACCAGAACCCCUUCYCUGGAGAUGCUGGAGCCCAGCUCAGCCACACACACAGAUAAAUGGCUCAGCGUUCCUGCUCCCCAGCACUGGGAUACUCCUCAUGUUGUGGGUUGGCAGCACUUUGGCACAGUCACCCGUGAAAACGCUGCCCCAGCAACAGCUGAAUGUGUUCAAACACCCAUAAAASAGAGGUGAGAAAACUGCUGAGGCUCCACUUCGUGUGGCAACCUGUGCUGAUAGACAAAGAAAGGAAAAUUACCAACUUUCAUAACCAAACCCGUGCGCUGGAGGAAUCUGGCACAGAUUAAACACAUAAGCUUUAUGUACAGUGAACUGAAAAUCCUGAAGAAUGGCUUUACCUACCUCCAAGUAUCUGGCUGGAAGUUUGGGGUUUUUUCUGUUUGUGGUCUCUUCGGUAAGCACAGCAGAAGCAGCUGCCACCUGUCCCGACAGAGAUCCUGAKCUGGAGAUCUGGAACCCAGGUCACGACGAAGAGAACCGCGUGGAGAUCAGCAGCGGCAGGAAACUGCUGCUGUCCUCCUCUGCCACCGUGCACUCUGUCCACAUCACUGAUGGAGGCAAACUGGUGAUUAAAGAYGAUGUGCAGCCCAUCGUUCUGCGUACGAGACACAUUCUGAUUGAAAAUGAWGGAGAGCUCCACAUCGGCAGCGAGCUGUGCCCUUACCAAGGCAAAGUGGUUAUCAUCCUAUAUGGGCGAGCCGAUGACGGCAGCCAGCCAAACCCCUACUUUGGGCAGAAAUAUCUUGGAGUGAGUAAAGGUGGCACUCUUGAGAUCCACGGAAAGAAAAAGCUGUCCUGGACUUUCUUAAACAAGACUCUUCAUCCUGGUGGCCUGGAAGAGGGUGGAUAUUACUUCGAGAGGAGCUGGGGCCACCGGGGUGUCAUUGUCCAUGUCAUUGACCCAAAGACGGGGGCAGUUGUCCAUUCUGACCGAUUCGAUACCUACAGAGCAAAAGAGGAGAGUGUCCGCCUGGCCCAGUACCUGGGCAGAGUUGCCAAUGGCAUGAUCCUCUCAGUUGCAGUGAACGAUGAAGGAUCCAGAAACUUGGAUGAUUUGGCCAGGAAAGCAAUGACCAAACUGGGCAGCAAGCAUUUCCUCCACCUUGGGUUUAGGCACCCGUGGAGUUUUAUUACCAUUAAAGGAAAUCCCUCCUCUUCUGUUGAAGACCACAUUGAAUAUCAAGGUCACAAAGGGUCAGCCGUGGCCAAAGUAUUCAAACUAUUCAAAGCUGAGAACGGAGAACAUUUUAACGUCUCUUCGACGAGUGAGUGGGUUCAAGAUGUGGAAUGGACAGAGUGGUUUGAGAAGCCUGACAAAGCCAGAUCUAAGGGCAUGGAGAAGCUGUCUGACUUCAAAGCUGCUCAUCCUGAUAAAAUCUGCAGGCAGCCCAUUGACAUCCAGGCAACGACGCUCGAUGGAGAGAAUUUAAGCACCGAGGUUUUCUACAAGGGCGGCCACGAUUACCAAUUCCUGUGCCACGGCAAGGGCCAGACGGGCGAGGGCUGCCACRGCUACAGAGUGAGAUUCCUGUGUGGCAAAUCUGUGAAACCCAAGCUGACGGUCACCAUUGACACCAACGUGAACAGCACCAUCCUGAAUUUGGUGGAUGAUGUGAGCUCCUGGGAGCCYGGAGACCAAUUGGUGGUGGCCAGCACUGACUACUCCAUGUACCAGGCAGAGGAGUUCCAGGUGCUGCCCUGCAAAACCUGCAGAGCCACCCAGGUCAAGGUGGCAGGGAAAGCAAGGUACCUGCACAUGGGUGAGGUGGUGGAUGGCGUCGACAUGAGGGCUGAGGUGGGGCUGCUGAGCCGCCACGUGCUGCUGAUGGGAGAGAUGGAGCAGCAGUGCUACGAGUACAGCAGCAAGCUCUGCUCCUUCUUCGAUUUUGACACCUUUGGUGGGCACAUCAAGAUCGGUCUCGAUUUCAAGGCUGCCCACAUCGAAGGUGUGGAACUGAAGCACAUGGGCCAGCAGACAAUGGGGCAUUACCCCAUCCAUUUCCACAUGGCUGGAGAUGUGGAUGAGAAAGGAGGCUACACCCCUCCGACSUACGUGAAGGACAGCUCCAUCCACCACACCUUCUCCCGCUGCGUCACCAUCCACGGCUCCAACGGUUUGCUGGUGAAGGACGUGGUGGGUUACGAUGCUCUGGGUCAUUGCUUCUUUACAGAGGACGGACCAGAGGAGCGCAACACGUUUGAGCACUGCCUGGGGCUGCUGGUGAAAGCCAGCACUCUGCUGCCGUCCGACCGCGACAGCCGCAUGUGCAAACUCAUCACCGACGGGGCGUACCCGGGCUACAUCCCCAAACCCCGCCAGGACUGCAGUGCCGUGUCCACCUUCUGGAUCGCCAACCCACACAACAACCUCAUAAACUGUGCUGCUGCUGGAUCUGAGGAGACAGGAUUUUGGUUCGUGCUGCACCACGUGCCRACGGGCCCCUCGGCCGGCAUGUACUCGCCCGGCUACUCGGAGCACGUGCCCAUGGGCCGGUUCAGCAACAACCGCGCGCACUCCAACUACAGGGCUGGAAUGAUCAUCGACAAUGGCGUUAAAACCACUCCAGCCUCUGCCAAGGACAAAAGACCUAUCCUGACACUGAUCUCUGGGAGGUACAGCCCCCACAAGGAUGCUGAUCCUCUGAAGCCCAGGGAACCUGCAAUAAUCCAGGGCUUCAUUGCCUACAAGAAUCAGGAUCACGGGGCCUGGCUGCGAGGUGGAGAUGUGUGGCUGGACAACUGCCAAAAGUUUUCAAUAGGCCUCAUAAGCACCUUGUCCCUUUGAUAUAAACCACACGUAUCAACUGCAGCCUUUCCUUGCAGCGGGGGGACCUUCCCUCAUGACGAUGGCUCCAAGCAGGAGAUCAAGAACAGCCUGUUCGUGGGGGAGAGUGGGAACCUGGGCACGGAGAGCAUGGACAAYGACAUCUGGGGCCCUGGGGGGCUGGACCACCGUGGCAGAACCCUGCCCAUCGGCCCGGAUUUCCCCAUCCGAGGGAUCCAGUUCUACGACGGGCCCAUCAACGUGCAGAACUGCACGUUCCGCAAGUUCGCGGCGCUGGACGGGCGGCACACGAGCGCGCUCGCCUUCCGCCUCAACAACGCCUGGCAGAGCUGCCCCAACAACAACGUCAGCGCCAUCCGCUUCGARGACGUCCCCAUUACAUCGAGAGUCUUCUUUGGAGAGCCYGGCCCCUGGUUCAAUGACCUGGAUAUGGAUGGUGACAAAACAUCAGUUUUCCAUGAUGUGGAUGGUUCUGUGUCAGAAUACCCAGGCUCAUACCUGAUCAAAGAGGAUAACUGGCUGAUCAAACACCCCGAGUGCAUCGACGUGCCCGACUGGAGAGGCUCCAUCUGCAGCGGGCACUUUGCACAGAUAUACAUCCAAGCCUACAAACCAGCCAACCUGAAAAUGAAAAUAAUAAAAAACGACUACCACAAUCACCCACUGUACUUGGAAGGUGCUCUGAGCAAAAGCACUCAUUACCAGCAGUACCAGCCAGUUAUAACGCUGAGGAAAGGCUACACCAUCCACUGGGACAAGACAGCCCCUGAAGAGCUGGCCAUUUGGCUCAUCAACUUCAACAAGAAUGACUGGAUCCAAGUAGGGUUUUGCUAUCCUAAAGGGACRACGUUUUCCAUUCUCUCAGACAUCCACAACCGUCUCUUGAAGAAAACAUACAAAACUGGAACCUUCUACAGAACCUCYCAAAUGGAGAAACUGGAGCACAGAUAUCCCACCAAAGGCUACUACUACUGGGAUGAGGACACAGGGCUGCUGUUUCUGAAACUGAAAGCUCAGAAUGAGAAGGAGAAAUUCGCUUUCUGCUCKGUGAAGGGCUGCGAGCGAAUCCGGAUCAAAGCCGUGAUCCCAAAGGCAGCUGGUGUGAGCGACUGUGAAAGCACAGCCUACCCCAAAUACAUCGAGACCCCCAUUGUGGAGGUGCCCAUGCCCAGGAAGCUCUCCAGGGCACAACUGAAAACCAAGGACCAUCUAAUAGAAGUGAAAAUAGAAACAUACAAGAAGCAGUACUUCCACCUCAAGGAUGAUUUUGCAUACAUUGAGGUUGAUGGUGUCAGGUUUUUCCUCACUGAUGAAGGCAUCCAGCUGGUUGUGAUUGAUGGGCAUCACGGAAAAGUUGUGGAUCGAGCAACGUUCAAAAACUCCAUCCUACARGGAAUCCCAGCACAGAUAGAAAAUUAUGUCAACAACAUCAAAGAUCACUCCAUAGUGCUGGUGACAUCAAAAGGAAGAUUCAUUUCAAGAGGACCGUGGACCAAAGUACUGGAGAAACUUGGAGCAGGMGAGGGUUUUAGGUUAAAAGAAAAAAUGGCUUUUGUGGGCUUCAAAGGCAGCUUCCGCCCCGUCUGGGUGAAGCUGGAGACCGACGAGGACUCRGCCAAGAUCUACCAAGCACUGCCAAUCCCUGUGGUGAAGAAAAUGAAGUUGUGAGGUCACCCUGCAGUGGCUCCUGGCUGCCAGCACUGCCCCGUGGGACGGAUGGAUGGACAGAUGGACAGAUGGAYGGACUGCUGACCGCUCUGCGCYGCCGGUGCUGCGGCGUUUUGUUGUUGUUGUUGUUGCUGUUCACACCGAAAUGUCACACUGUAAGUAGCUCAAAUGGUUCCAUGUGACAGAAGAGCCUCCCUGGGUGACCAAAGUGUGUCCAGUGCUGUCCAGCUCGGCCACCGAGGCCACUCCUGCAGCUCUGAGCUGUUCCACCAGGGCUGGAGYGAGCAGCACCCCGGACAGACUGCCCUGAAAACCACCCAGGAUUUCUGCUUUCCCAGCCUCUAAGCUGCCUGAAGAUUUUUUCCUGGUGUAACUAGCUGCUCACACUGAUGGAAURCCAGUUUGAAGGCUGGCUGACAGUCUGGGGUAGAAUGGGUGCAUUUGARUGAUUGCCUGGGUGCUGGGAAGUGUGAAAGGACAGAAAGGAUUUCUCCUAAAGCUUCUGUGAGGUUGGAUCAAGCUCUUUGGGGUGUGUGUUGGACAUGCAACCCACGGCACAUAGUUGGGGAAGAGGUGACAGAAGGAGUGGACAAAAGCCAGCAGAGACUGAUGAAACCCCCUGUUUCUGCUUCCUCAGAAAUCUGCGUUUUUCCUAUGGAUCAAGGAGUUUUAUUGGUGGUUGUGCAAAUGGGAAAUUUUCCUCCAACGAGCGGAGAGCAAUGUCAAUUAGCACUCGUGUUUUCUCAGCCUUUCCCUUGCAGCCUUUCCGUCUCUACAAAAACAUUCAGGAUCAGUUUAUGGUUGCCACUCAAAGCCAUCCCAUUCAAAUUUCCAGUUUUUAACCAGGAAUAUUGRGACCUGCCUUAUUCAGCAUCAAAUGGGGCGAGCUGCCCUCGCCUUCUGCGGGACAGCAGAGGGAACAGGAUCAGAUUGCUCUGCUCUGUUUUUCUUUCUGAUCCUCYCCUCAUGCCUGGUUCUCCUGGAAGAGUUAUUCAAGACCUGGAUGAGAUCUUACAGGAGGCUGAAGAAUUAAAGUGGAAUCCCCAUGCUCUGUCUGGGUGUCUUGUAUCUGCUUUCCCUGCUCCAAACCAAAACCUGGCAGAGCAGAGGGAAUSAGGCCUUUCAAAGCAUCUCUUGAAGCUGAGAAAUUUAACAUUAUCUUGUAAAACACAGAAAGYAUUUCUAGUUCAGUGACAGGUCUGCCAGUGGCCCAGAAAUAGCAUGAAGGCGUUUGGAGGCUGUGGCUUUUCUAAGAAAUCUAAGGGCAGGGGGGAAGUGUGAAAGACACCAUGAUGGGCUUUUCAAAAAAUGUCAAUUUUGCCAGUAAGAAUUGGCUUCGUUUCCCCACUUUAUCUCUGCCUGUCCCCACUGCCACAUAAUUUAUUCCAAUUGCUGAUGGCUACUUUGUUGAUGUAAUUAAGUUGUUCUUUUUCCCACAGUAUCAAAAAUGCUACCUUGCAGCUAGACUAAAAAGGAAGGAUUUUGUGUGUCAUUCCAAAGGCUGGGCAGAUGCUGCCUUAGAUCAGUGGCUCUGAAAGUCAAAGCAAGCAUAAACAAAAUUUAGGUAGUACUGUAGGUUACAUUCCCCUGAAGCCUCUCCUGGGUUUUGAAACUGGAAAUGUUUUUUUUCAGACUUACUAUAUAAUUGUUUUGAAUUCGCUGAAUGUCACGUG